AUGUGCAAAGGAGAAGACAGGCCGGACAGGCCGGAAUUCUCCUGGACUCGUUUGAACAUAUCCUCGGCAGGAACGCCUGUGUCCAACACCGAGGAUUUUGUCACGGGAAAGGAGUCGAAAGUGCUCUGGUCAUGGAUAAAGCUCUUCAUAAGCUUUCUUCGCAACAUGAUCAACCUUUCCGUCUUCCUUUUGAGAGGCCCUUUCAGCACGCUAUUGCUGCGAUUCGUCACCCCAGCCUUGCAGCCCCUCCGACGCCCAUUCGUGGCGCGCGUUACCUCCUGGAUUGUCGAGCAAGUCUUGUACCGAGUGUGCGAUGACGUGCGGGGGCUUGAGGUCAGAGUGGAUGCAGACUCGUCCCUGGCGCUCCUGCGAGGAGAAAUCACGGGGAUCUCGAUCACCGCGUCCUACGUGCGACUACUGGACGUCAGCAUCUCAGGGGACGUGGGGAUCUACACGGACUCGAUCCGCUUCGUGCCUGACAACCAGAGCUCAGCAUCAGGACAGGGCAUCGAAGGAUCAGGACUCACCAUCGCUGAGCCCUUUGCGGUCUCUCUGGUGUGCAAGAUGACAGAGACAGACGUCAACUCGUCUCCUCCCGUUGUUGGCGUCCUCAAGGACCUCCUCGUCUUCCUCGUCAGGUUUGGGCUCUCGGCCGGUGCGCGAAAGACGAUAGGAGGAAGAUACGGGAAGGAGGACAGCUUCAACACGACAGACGUCGAGCUCAACCACAUCGAACUGAACCAGGACGGGACGCUGCGAGUCAGUGCUGCCCUGGUCUUCGACAGCUCUAGAAACGGAACGCGGCUCCCUCUCUCCAUCAGACUCGGGCUGGAGCUAGAGGAGGGAGGGAGAGUCAUCAUCGUGAAGCAGCCUGAGCUCGUCACCAAGGGUCUCUUCAACUCGGAAGUUUUUGUUCCCUUCAUGCCGCUGGCUAAGUCCGGAGCAGACCUGGGUCCUGACUUUCACCUGAGCAACCUCAUCAUCCGCAAGGGAGUGAUAGAAGCGGAGGGAAUCGUUGUCGUCCGUCCUCCUUCAACCAUGAGGGUGGAGCAGGAGAUCAACGCUCUGGUAGGGAACGCGGACGAGGACGAGCUGGAGGAGUUGCGCAAGUACGAGCAGAAGCAGCGUGAAGCGAGUUCCAUGAAGCUGGGGAGCAAACUAGAGCUUGUCCGCAUGAAGGUGGAGAACGAAGCUCGCCUGUCUCGAUGGGCCUCGUCCGAACGUCAGAGGAGACGCUCUGAGCGCCUGCAGAGCGUCCGGCGAGCAUCGAAGCAUGUUUUGAGUCCUCUACAGGCCAUGAAUCAGAAUCUGAGCAUGCGACUGAAGUGGAACAGCUCCCGAAGGACCUCAUACCUUCCUAGGGGCAGCUGGAAUGCCUCAAGUCUCUUGGGUUUUCCCUUUCAAUCGCCGGUAGGUGCUGAUCUCCUGCCUGCCGUCUCCUCCUCCUCCUCUUGCUCGCUCUACCGCUCUGACUCCACAUCUCUGCAGUCCUACAUCGCAGACCUCAAGGACGCGACUUGGAAGGGCACUGUUCUUCUAGGGAAUGUCACCUCCAGCAGGAGGCUGAUACGGGCAGCAGACGGCUCCUCCUCCUCUGGCUUCUGGCUGAGAGAUGUGGGACAGAGCAGCACAAAGAUGCUCAACAAGAUUCUUUGGGGGGAGCGGCAGAACAUAUCCUCCUCCUCCUCCUCCUCCUCCUCCUCCUCCUCCUCCUUGGAAUCAGCGAAUGCUUCCUUGUCACGGAGAUAUGGAGUAGAAGGACGGGGAUCACGUGGGUCAAACCUGACGUAUGGCAGCAACAGGUCGUCGGGGUGGAGGAGAGAUCCAGUCCUCACUGACGUGGUUCCUCUCUACGAUCACGAAUAUUCGCCAAACCCUGCGGGAGGAGAACGAGGGGCUGAGCUGAGGGCCAGGAGUGCUGCGGAUGCUGGGAACAAGCCAAGAAGGGAGGGGAGGCGAGACGGAAGGCCAUCCAAGCGCGAGAUCCUGUCUCAGUGCUUCAACGCGGUAACGUGA